AUGACUGCCCCUCCCCCACGGCCUGGUCUUGACCCGGUCUUGAUCCGGUCUUCACCUCCCGUUUGUCCGGAGCCUGAAAUAGAGCGGAGGAGUGUGAGCCUUGUGUGGUCCGCUGCGUUCGAGAUGGUGCGAAACAGUUUGGUGCUGGUCCACAGACUGUGUUUAGACUCAGCCCACACCCGGCUCCUCGCCUCCUCUGCCUCAGGACUCUACUCCCGGGAUUUCCAGAAGAGACACGGAUUCACGGACAAGGAAUAA